UUGCUUUCGUCGCGGUACCUGGCAACCCAGGGAGCAGCAGCCAGCCAGCCAGCCAGCCGGUCCCGUCGGUAUACGCGCUGGAGGUUAGCUGUCAUCCGCGGAAAUGUUCAAAACCGAACAGCUCAAAGCUUUGGUCAACGAGCGACUGAAGGCAGCCGCCGAGGAAAUAUUCAGCCUGUUUGAACAAACUCUUAAAGACUACGAGGAGGAAGUUUUUCGUUCAAAGCAGGAGCUCGACCAGCGGCGCGGGCUGGCCGGGUGGAAAGCCUGCGUGCCGCUCUCUGUCCAGGAAGAGGACAUCCCCUCUGAGCAGGAGCACUGUGGGAAGAAGACUGACCUGGGCGAGGAUGAACGUGAGCCCCCGCAGAUUAAAGAGGAACAGGAGGACAACCUGUGGGCUGCUCAGGCAGGUGAAAAGCAGGAGGAGGCGGAUAUCAAACAGACCAUGUUCAAUAUCAUUUAUGUGCAGAGAAGUGAUGAAGAUGGAAGACAGUCACCACAUCAAAGCCAAGGAGUUGAAAAUAAAGGAGACCCUCUGCCCAGCAGCUCAUAUGAACAGUUGAAACCAGAACCCGACAGAGAAGGCUGUGGUUCGUCAGAGCCAACAAGUGACCGUCAGAUGAGUGAAGACAGUGAUGAUGAAUGGAGAGACAGUGGGGGAAUUUGCUCAGGUAUUAGGAAACCUCCGCAAGCUGGUGAGACAGUAGACAGACCGUACACCUGCAGCAUUUGCAACAAGAAUUUCAGGAUUAAAUCCAUUCUGACUCGCCACAUGAAGACACACACAGGAGAGAAACCUUACAGCUGCGGUGUUUGUGGCAAAAGCUUCAUCCAGCGCUCCUAUCUGCAGACUCACAUGAACUCUCACUCUGGACAGAAGCCGCACACGUGUAGUUUCUGUGGCAGAGGAUUCACACAGGUUGGAAACAUGAAUGCUCACAUACGAAUCCACACGGGAGAGAAGCCUCACAGCUGUUCUGACUGCGGUAAAAGUUUUAGAGAGAAAGCAGACCUCAUCAAGCACACGAUAAUACACACUGGCGAGAAACCAUACAGUUGCACUGUAUGUAACAUGAAAUUCAGCGCUCAAUCCAAUCUAACACGCCAUAUGAAGACUCAUUCAGGGGAGAGGCCAUACAGUUGUGCUGCUUGUGGGAAAAGAUUCAUUCGGCGCUCCCAUUUAAUCAUUCAUAUGAAGACUCACGUAGGAGAGAACUCAUGAAACGCUUGCACCUGCUGCAUGGUAUUUAUUUGAUCGUUUCCAGUGUAGAUCCAAUGCAAUGUUCCAAACUACAGACACAGGAAAUUGUGUUUCAGUGUGUUACGGGGGACAAGGACUUGCAUUAGACGUGUAAAAUUGAUAACAAAACCUUUUUCCUCAGAAUCAUCUUGUUUCAUUCUGCUUGUAGUAAUUCUUCAGUUUGUCAGUAGAUGCUCUUUCUGCUUUUAUUGGAGGAUUACAAGUUUUCAUUUAUGCAAUAUUUUAAAAACACCUUUAAAAUAUUGAUUGCCUUUGUCUGUCUAAUGGGUAAUAAAAAGUGAUUAUGUUAUCG